ACAAUUUUCAUUUUUACAGGCAACUGAAUGUCAUCAUCAGGUGGUAAUGUUGCAAUAAUAGCAACACAAAGAGCCAAAAAAUGGCCUCCAAUACGGACAUCGUUGAUGGCCAUAAUUGUUGCAUUUGGUAGUUCAUUUAGCUUCGGUUUUCAACUAUUAAUCACUAAUCCGGCUCAGGGAGCAUUUAUCAAAUUUCUAAACGCAUCUAAACAUUCCAACAAUCCAGAUGAUAAUGAAUUGAGUCAUUUGGAAAAUGAGUGGUCUUUUAUUGUUGCGAUUUUCUUUUUGGGAUCAGCAACUGGGGCUUUUUUAAUUAAGACAGUGGCCGAGAGAUUUGGCAGAAAAAAAGGAGUAAUCGUUUCCUUAUUUGCCCAAGUAACAUCUUCAAUGCUCACAAUAGUUAGUUUUUGGAUAGUCAAUCAUAUUUUAUUCAUAUUUGCCCGGUUCUUAAUGGGAGUUGGUAUUACAAUUUCAAUGGGUAUUGCGGCAAUGUUUGUUACUGAAUCAAGCCCCGCCUACUGUCGUGGAGUGUCAUCCCUUAUCAAUGGUGUCCUUUUGCAAUUAUCAAUAACUGUCGGAGCAGUGAUGGCAAUGCCAAACGUUCUUGGAAAUGAGACACAUUGGUGGUAUCUGUACCUUUUCCAAUUAAUUAUUAACACAACAGUACUCGUUAUUCUCCCAUGGGUACAUGAAAGUCCCAGCUAUUUGGCAUCUCAGGAUAUCAAGCAUCACGAGCUUCACGCAAUGUUCAAGGCAAAAAUUGUUGCUUCUGUAAAAUUUUACCAUGGAAUUUCUGAUCCGGAAGCGGAAGUUUUUGCUGAUAACCUAAUAGAAACUCAUCAAAUAACUAGAUCUCAAGAAUCUAUAAUAUCCGUCUGGAAAUCGCCAUUCAAUCGUCGCGGGACCCUUCUUGGAAUGAUGGUAACCUUCUCAAUGGCAAUGUCAGGAAUUACUGUGAUCAAUGCAUUUGCUUUUGAAAUUUUGAUGAAUGUUGGAAUGAAACAAGAUACGGCUGCAAUUGCAAAUGCUGCUAUAUGCUUCUUCUCAUUCGCUGGAAUUUUGGUUUCAACUAAAAUUAUCGAUCAUUUCGGGAGAAGACCAUUAUUGAUAUCAACAUUCGGAUGUUUGGCAGUUGUUAAUGUAGUGAUUGUUGGAUUGAUGUAUACUUUUGCUGAAACUCAGAACCAAAUCGUGUCAUACUUCUUGAUAUCUGCAAUAUGUAUGUUCAAUUUCCUCUUCGCAAUGGGUCCAGGACCACUUUCAAUGUUUAUAACUGGAGAAUUGGUUCCUCAAAACUGUCGAUCGGCUUCUUCUGUCUGGACAAAUGCAGUUAUGGCUGUUGUCCGAUUCCUGAUUCUAACAUUCUAUCUUCCUGUCAAAAAUAUGACGUCUGAGUUUAUGGCCUACGCGAUUUUCUUCGUUGUUCCAAUGAUUGUCGCAGUAUUGGUGAUAUUUUUCUUAUUACCGGAAACAAAGGGAAGAAAUGUGGAAGAAAUUCGAGAGGAAUAUGAAAGAAAAUCAUUGUUGUGAAUAUUUUGUUUGAGUGGAGGAGGCGGAGGAGUUGCACAUAAAUUAUUGAAGAAAAUAAAAGGAAAUGUUCGAUUUGAUAAAUGUUUAAAUUGAAAUUUGGCUCGUCCCGUUUUUGUAGUUAUGUAAAAAUCAAGUAUGUUUUAUUUUUAAUGGCGAUGAAUCAAUAUUUGUCUUCUAAAA